AUGUACGACUCUUUUGACACUACAUACCAAGCUACGAUUGGCAUCGACUUCCUCUCCAAAACCAUGUACUUGGAAGACCGAACAGUCCGACUGCAGCUUUGGGAUACGGCCGGUCAAGAGAGAUUCCGCUCCUUAAUCCCCUCAUAUAUCCGCGAUUCUUCCGUGGCCGUGGUGGUCUACGAUAUCUCAUCCAAGAAGACGUUUGAGCAAACGAGGAAAUGGAUCGACGACGUUCGAGGCGAGCGGGGGAACGAUGUGAUUGUCGUCCUGGUAGGAAACAAGACCGAUUUGGGAGACAGUAAACGAGAGGUCACGACCCAACAGGGAGAAGAGGAGGCCAAGAGAGCAGGCGCAAUUUUCAUGGAGACGAGCGCAAAACUCGGCCAUAAUGUAAAGGCGUUGUUUAGGAGGAUAGCCCAGGCUUUACCGGGGAUGGAGGCUGAAGGCGAGUCCCAACCAAACCCACAAGUGAUCGACGUUUCCAUGAACAACCAAAAACCGGCGGACGACGGUUGCGCGUGUUAG